CUAUACAGGACUCAAGAGCGCACUGUGCUUGUUGAUUUUAUUCAAACACAUUUGAUAAAUAGGCAGAAUGAGCAACAUUGCAAAGUUUCUUGCUAAAAGGCAGGAUAGAGAAGAUGGUGUUGGGACAAACAAGAAUGCGAUACCAUUUAACCAACAGGACUACCAGAGUCUAAAACGUGAAUGUUUGGAGAAAAAAACAUUGUUCAGUGAUCCGACCUUCCCUGCGGUUUCUGAGUCUCUGGGCUACAAUGAACUGGGACCGAAUUCCUCCAAGGUCCAAGGAGUGGUGUGGAAAAGACCAAAGGAGCUGUGUUCAAAACCCCAGUUUAUUGUGGAUGGUGCCAAGCGGACUGACAUCUGCCAAGGGGCUUUAGGUGACUGUUGGCUUCUGGCAGCCAUUGCGUCUUUGACUCUAGAUACCAACAUUCUGGAUCUUGUAGUCCCACCUGAUCAGAGCUUCAAGGACGGUUACGCCGGCAUUUUUCACUUUCAGUUCUGGCAGUAUGGUGAAUGGGUGGAUGUUGUCAUUGAUGACCGUCUGCCUACCAGAAAUGGAAAGCUGCUGUUUGUUCAUUCAGCCGAGGGUUCAGAGUAUUGGAGCGCCCUGCUGGAGAAAGCCUAUGCAAAGCUCAACGGCUCGUAUGAAGCUCUGACGGGUGGUAACACCACUGAAGGUUUUGAGGACUUUACCGGAGGUAUUGCUGAGAGCUAUGAUUUGAGUAAAGCCCCUCCAUAUCUGUUUAAGAUCAUUCAGAAAGCACUUGGGUUGGGAUCCCUGCUUGGCUGCUCCAUUAAUGCCAAUGCAAACGAGUUGGAGGCGGUGACCAGCCUGAAGCUGGUGAAAAGACAUGCAUACUCCCUUACUGGCGCAGAGGAGGUUCACUACAUGGGGCGCCCAGUGCAGCUGGUUCGUAUCAGGAACCCGUGGGGUCAAGUGGAGUGGACAGGCCCGUGGAGCGAUAAGUCCAACGAAUGGAGUAAUGUCCCACCGAAGGAGAAAGCUAAACUGAAUUAUUCAGCUGAGGAUGGAGAAUUCUGGAUGGCAUAUUCAGACUUUGUGCAGAAUUUCUCAAGGCUGGAGAUUUGUAAUCUGACUCCAGACACUUUGACCAGUGAAGAGGUGGGUCGCUGGAACUACUGCCAGUUUGACGGCAACUGGAGACCAGGAUCCACCGCAGGAGGGUGCAGUAACAAUAGAGGUACGUUCUGUUCAAACCCUCAGUUUGUGAUCAAGCUUGAGGAUGUUGAUGAUGACCCUCAUGAUGGAAAGGAUGGUUGCACUUUGCUGGUUGGAUUAAUGCAGAAAGAUGGGCGUAAAGACAAACGCUUUGGAAGGGACCUGAAUAGCAUUGGCUUUGCUAUCUAUAAGGUUCCAGAUGAGUACAAGGGUCGCAGUAAUGUUCAUUUUGGCUCGGAUGUGCUGCUGCAAAAAAAAAUGGUUGCGGGGACCAAGUCUUUCGCCAGCAUGCGAGAGAUAAGCGAGCGCUUUAAGUUGCCUCGUGGAGAAUACGUCAUCAUCCCCUCCACUUAUGAGCCCAAUCGUCAGGGUAGUUUCGUACUGCGUGUGUUUACAGAGAAAGAAGCGGCCGUCAGCCCAAUGGAUGUAAAUAUCACUGCAAACAUUACAAAGGAUUACAUAUCUGCGUGUGAUGUGGACCCAAGUUAUAAUCAACUUUUUAUGAAGUUUGCUGGAAAUGACUCACAGUUGUCUGUGGUGGAGCUACAGCAGAUGCUAAACAACUUUGUGUCUAAAAGAACUGAUAUAAAGACUGAUGGAUUCAGUAUGGAAACAUGUCGUCACAUUAUCAGCCUGCUAGAUAAAAAUGGCAGUGGCAAACUUGGCCUAGUGGAUUUUCAAACACUGUGGAUAAAGAUCCAGAGAUAUUUGGAUAUUUUUAAGAACCGCGACACAGACAAGUCAGGCACUAUGAGUUCCAAUGAGAUGAGAGAUGCACUAAAAAUAGCAGGGUUCCAGGUGAACGGUGAAAUACUUCAGGUGAUAAUCUCACGUUAUGCCGACCAGCAGUAUGCCAUUGACUUUGAUAACUUUGUGGGCUGCUUGAUCCGUUUGGAGAUGCUCUUCAAAAUAUUUAAAUUGUUCAAUAAGAAGAAUACUGGGAAAAUCGAGCUGGACAUCCUGCAGUGGAUUUGUUUGGCCCUCGGUUAAAAAUCCACAAAUUUCCUGCAAAAACAGAAGAUUGGGAAUUCCUAGGAGACGGAUGGUUUGGCUGAUAGAGUAAAAUAAACCUGAGUGUAUAAUCUAAAUUUUAAAUUGUCUUUGAAAUGCAAUUUGUUCAUGGUAAAGGAUCUCAGUAUCUCGAGUUUCUUGAAAAAAAUGUGCUUAAUGUCUAAGAGUAUACACUGAAAAAAAUGAUUUAUUG